AUGAGCGCGGAGGAAACGCUGACAGCCGACGAGCUGGAAUGUAAGAUAUGUUACCAGAGAUUCAACACUCACAGUCGUAAGCCCAAGAUCCUAAACUGCCUUCACCGAGUUUGUGCCAGAUGUCUAUCCAAGAUCCUCAAUUUAGGAGGAGGCGCUCCGUGUAUCUGCUGCCCCUUCUGCCGCAAUGAGACUGAACUUCAGGAAGAGGAGGUCGCAGGCCUCCCGGACGACACAAAUAUCUUAUCGAAGUUGGCGGAGAAAACAAUGUGCAAAUCGGACAGCAACGAAGUGGUGCUAACACCCAAAAACCUGGCAUCUUCGAGUCCCUCUCACGGGUCUUCCAAUUGCCUAGUGAUCACAAUUAUGGAAGUACAAAGGGACUCUACCAGGACUCCAAGUCAAAACACCAUCUCGGACUACUAUGCAGAACACAGUCUAGACUCGGCCUCCAUAAGUUCUCAUGGCCAAAUAGACCACGACCUGUUCUCCAAACUGUGUAACCAUGUUCCCCGGAUACUAGUCUGGCUCCUUGGCUUUUUUUACUUUGGUUCCUUACCCCUUGGGAUUUAUCUGCUGGUAAUUCAGAAAGUGACCCUUGGGAUAGUUUGCGUCAGCCUUGUCCCGUCUAGUUUAACCGUGUGUCUGGUCUAUGGCUUCUGCCAGUGCCUGUGCCAAGGAAUGUGUGACUGCUCCUCGAGAAGUUGACAAAGGUUGCAAGCCACCGCCAAGAGAAGUCCUCCCCGUCACCAGUAAAGCAGUAGGCUGAGGUCAUGCAUUGACUUGGUAUGGGUCUCAUGU